AGAUUAUCUUCUCCUACGGCCGUUCAGAGGAAAGGCCAUGGCCAUGGCUGCUUUCCUGGUAGCUUUGGUGCAACUGACUUUUUUGCCAUUAGCUUUUGGAGGUGGAUAUUAUCCACACAAGUCGCAUCCUCAGCAACAUCAACCCUUACCACAGAUGCACAUGGGCAUGGGAAAGGAAAUGCCACACAUGCCAUAUCCACACUACAGAAAAGAUCUACCAAUGCACCUUAACAAAGGCAAGGAUAACAAAGGUGAGACCAUUCCCAGAGGUGAGCAGGGUGUUCAAGGUCAGCCUGGAGCUCAAGGGCCUGUUGGUCCUCCUGGGCCCCAAGGACCUCCUGGGCCUCAAGGCAAUGGUAUCCAAGGCCCUCCUGGAAAGCCAGGACCUCCUGGUCCUCCAGGAUAUCCUGGAAUUGGUAAGCCAGGAAUGUCAGGUAUGCCUGGUAAAGCAGGAGAUCCUGGGCAACCUGGACAACCAGGUGAACAGGGACCCAGAGGUGAAGAUGGACAACCAGGCAUCGCUGGACCCCCUGGCCCUCCAGGACCCUCUGGCUUGCCAGGAAUAGGAAAGCCUGGUGGACAAGGAUUACCAGGACAGCCAGGGAAUAAAGGAGAGCCAGGACAUAAAGGUUUUCCUGGUCUUCCAGGGUUACCUGGACCUAAAGGAGACAGAGGAAUUGGACUACCGGGCCCACAAGGACCCAAAGGGCCAGUUGGGCCACCUGGACUUCGAGGGCCAGCUGGAUUGCCAGGGGUGGGUAAGACUGGCCUUCCUGGCAUACCGGGUCCAGCUGGUGUGCCAGGCAAACCUGGAGAGCCUGGCGAGCCAGGCCCAGAGGGUCCACCUGGGGAAAAGGGCCCACAGGGUCCACAAGGGGCACCGGGUAUUGGAAGUCCAGGAGAAAAAGGAUUACCGGGCCAGCCAGGUACACCUGGCCACAAAGGAUUACAUGGACCUCCAGGGUUACCUGGAAAACCUGGGCUACCUGGAUUUGGAAAACCUGGAUAUCCUGGCCCAAAGGGUGACAGAGGAAUGGGAGGGCUUCCUGGUCCUCAAGGACCAAAAGGAGAAAAGGGUCAUAUGGGUCAACCAGGCAUGAUGGGUCCCCCUGGUCAAACUGGCCUUCCAGGCCCUUCAGGACCAAUAGGAGCACCAGGUGAAGUUGGUUCACCUGGACUUAAAGGAGAGGGAGGUGCAGGAGGUGCCAAGGGAGAUCCAGGACCUAUUGGGCUAACAGGUCCUCCAGGAAUUCCUGGCCAACCAGGACAACCAGGUGAAGAUGGAGAACCUGGGCCAAGAGGACCGCAAGGACCUAUUGGUCCCAAAGGAGAAGGUGGCAGCAAUGGUCUACCUGGUCCCCCAGGUCAAUCUGGCCUACCUGGUCUUAAAGGAGAAACUGGUCCACCUGGUCCUGAAGGACCACGGGGUCCCACAGGCAUUCCAGGACUUGCAGGACCAGGAGGACUACUUGGGCCACCUGGACCUCCCGGGCCAAAAGGAGAAGUUGGUCCACCAGGUCAAGCUGGUCAACCUGGUGAAGGCAGCCCUGGAAUCCAGGGUCCAGUUGGUCCUCCAGGUCCACCAGGCCCAAAUGGAUCACCAGGUCAGCCAGGAAUCCAAGGUCCACCAGGGCCUCCUGGACCGCCAGGCCCCGCUCCUUCCCCUGAUCUAAUGGGUGUUCUUCCUGAAAUGGGUCCUGCCCUUGAUGGUGUGAAAGCUGGCUACAAGAAAGGGAAAUAUGCAGGUGAGGGUGAUAUGAUGGGUGCCAACGGCCUGGAGAUGCCUGCUUUCACUGCCAAACUCACCGCACCAUUCCCUCCUGUUGGCACACCAAUAGUGCUUGACAAACUAUUGUACAAUGGACGUCAGAAUUACAACCCUCAGACAGGUGUGUUCACCUGUGACCUCCCAGGUGUUUACUAUUUUGCAUAUCAUGUGCACUGCAAGGGUGCAAAUGUAUGGGUUGGGCUCUACAGAAAUGGAGAACCGGUUAUGUAUACAUAUGAUGAGUACAAAAAGGGAUUCCUUGAUCAAGCAUCUGGGAGUGCUGUGAUUCCUUUACAACCAGGAGACACAGUCUAUUUACAAUUACCAUCUGACCAGGCGGCUGGAUUUUAUGCAGGACAAUUUGUCCACUCCUCCUUCUCCGGGUUUUUACUUUACCCAAUGUAAA